CUGCAGGUACUGAAGGUUGCUAUACUGGCUGAGAAAUACGCUACGGAUUAUACCUGGUACGUGGAUGUGAUUUUAAAAUUGAUACGAAUUGCUGGCGAUUAUGUAUCAGAAGAAGUCUGGUAUCGUGUUAUCCAAAUUGUGGUCAAUCGUGAGGAUGUUCAGGGAUAUGCGGCGAAAACAGUUUUCGAAGCGUUACAGAGGCCGGCUUGUCAUGAGAACAUGGUAAAAGUUGGGGGCUACAUACUGGGUGAGUUUGGAAAUCUGAUUGCUGGCGAUGCACGUUCGAGCCCGCAGGUUCAAUUUGAGCUCCUGCACAGUAAAUACCAUCUAUGCUCAAUUGCUACAAGGUCCCUUCUGUUGUCAGCUUAUGUGAAAUUCUGCAAUCUCUUUCCGGAAAUCAAGGGGAUGAUUCAGGAAGUGUUUCGCAUGGAUCACAACCUGCGCAACCCUGAUGCGGAAUUACAGCAGCGCGCUGUUGAAUAUCUUCAGUUGUCCAGAAUCGCUUCUCCAGAUGUUCUUGCUACGAUUCUGGAGGAAAUGCCACCUUUCCCGGAGAAAGAAAGCUCUCUGCUUGCAAAACUUAAGAAAUCCAAGCCGCAUGUUGAAGAGCUCGUCAGUCAGACUGCAGAGAAGAAACAGCGCCCGACCGCCCUGAUUAACCAAGAUGCAAAACGAACAUCUGGUCAGUUAUUGGAUAUCAGCCCGAGUGCGGAGUCCAGAACUCUUGUGGACAUAUUUGGUUCACCGGCAGCUGCUGUAGCAAAUGGUGUUUCUUCAGCGGCCACCUCCUCAAAUGGUGAACCCACCGUUAACAAUUUCCCUGAUGUGCUGAGAUUUUCGGUAAAGAACAGCGGUGUUCUUUAUGAAGAUGUUACCAUCCAAGUUGGAUAUAAGCUGGAAACGCGUGCUAACUUGGCACGCUUGGGAAUGUUUUAUGGUAACAAAACGAACUACUCAUUCACUGAAUUUAGCACAAGUCUUUGCUGUCCCAGUCCACUGAACACUCAGCUAAUUGCACAGUGCAAGCCAGUGGACAGCACUAUCACUGGUGGCUCACAAGUUCAACAGUUAAUCAAUUUUGUGUGCGAGCAAGAAUUUCAUCGCUGCCCACUUCUGCAUCUCGCCUUCUCGUUUUCGUCGACCCAAGAGAACCAGAAAAUAUUUGCUGCAAAAACAGCUAUGGAUCCGGAACAAAUCCGAGCAAAGGUGCUGAUUGGUUUUGGUCCGAAACUGCUGCAACAAGUCGAUCCAAAUCCUGAAAAUUAUGUUUGCGCUGGAAUAAUCAAUACGAAGAUGCAACAGAUUGGAACACUUAUUCGAUUAGAACCGAAUAAGCAAGCCAUGAUGUAUCGAUUGACAGUGCGGAGUUCACGUGAUACGGUUGCGAGCCAUUUGUGUGAUAUCUUAUCACAGCAGUUCUGA